AGGUAAGCCAAAGCAUAGUAUAUAUAUAAUCCCUCUCGUCUACUCUACUCUCCUAGUUCCUCCCAUCCCUUUCCGUCCUUCGCUUCCCUACCAUCCUCCGCCGAAACAAACAAGGAUAUGUACUAAGCGGACAAAUCUACUAAAUCCUCAUCAGACGAGGAGUCCAAAUCGUCUUCCACUCUCAUCCGCUUUGACAUGAGGGAGGAAAAAAUUCCCAAUCCACGAAAAGGAAUUAAAGAAGAAACGCAGAGCAAGCCAGUGCCUUCUCUCUCAUCUCCAGCCUCUUGGUCAACAAACUUAGUCUGCGGGCGCGUCCAAAUAGCAAGAAAGACGGCCUUCGAUCGGAGCUAGCUCAUGGUCAUGGGUGUUCUUGAUGGCAUGUUAUUUAUUACCCCUUGAACAUCGAGCGGUAGUACUAGUACUUAAUUUGCGUUCGGUUAGUAUUAACCUAAUGGAUUGUUGGGGGGAAAUAGAAGGUAAAAGAGUCCAUGAUCCCUCCUUCCAUCUCUUUCACCAUAAUCACCAUCAUCAUCCUAGCGAUCCUUAUGGUAAGCUUAUGAAAGCUGCCACGGUUUGCAAGGCCGAGAGGUGUAUUUGGGUCCCGGGACCCGUCAUCGUUGGCGCAGGACCAUCGGGACUCGCCGUGGCUGCAUGCCUCAAGGAGAAGGGAGUCCCCAGCGUGGUCCUCGAUAGGUCUCACUGCAUCGCCUCGCUGUGGCAGCUCAAGACUUACGAUCGCCUCCGCCUCCACCUCCCCAAGCAGUACUGCGAGCUGCCUCUCUUGGCACUCCCUUCAUGCUUCCCCACAUAUCCCUCCAAGGAACAGUUUGUGGCCUACCUCCAGGCUUACGCGAGGCGGUUCGACAUCCGACCCGUGUUCAAUCACAAGGUGGUCAGUGCCGAGUAUGAUGAACGAAUUGGACUGUGGAGGGUGAAGAGCAUGGCAGCCCAGGAUGGAGGAGGAGUGGAGUACGUUAGCCGGUGGCUGGUCGUCGCCACCGGGGAGAAUGCGGAGGCUGUGUUGCCUGCCAUCGACGGCAUGGAGGACUUUAAGGGCACCAUCAUGCACACAAGCUUGUAUAAGAGUGGUGACAUCUUCGAGGGGAAGAAGGUCCUCGUGGUCGGAUGCGGCAAUUCUGGCAUGGAAGUCAGCUUGGACCUCUGCAACCACAAGGCUCGCCCUUAUAUUGUUGUAAGAGAUUCGGUCCACAUUUUGCCCCGGGGAAUACUGGGCCUUUCCACUUUUGGGCUCUCCAUGUGGCUUCUGAAGUGGCUCCCCAUGCGGACGGUCGAUCGCCUUUUGUUGCUUGCCUCUCGGAUCAUGCUUGGUGACACAGCCCGGCUUAGUCUCAGGCGACCCCUCCUUGGCCCCCUCGAGCUCAAGUCACUCUCCGGCAAGACCCCGGUCCUCGAUAUUGGAGCACUAGCUAAGAUCAAGUCCGGUGAUAUCAAGGUUCGCCCUGCAAUAAAGCGAUUGAUGGUACAUGGAGCAGAAUUUGUGGAUGGGAGAUUGGAGGAAUUUGAUGCUAUCAUCCUCGCCACCGGCUACAAAAGCAACGUCCCCUCUUGGCUAAAGGAGAGGGAGUUCUUCUCAGAGAAAGAUGGGCUACCAAGGAAACCAUUCCCCAAUGGUUGGAAGGCGGAGCAAGGCCUCUACGCGGUAGGGCUCACGAGACGGGGGUUGAUGGGGGUGUCGAUGGAUGCGAGGAGGAUAGCCCAUGACAUCGAGCAAAGCUGGAAGGCCGGGGCAACACAACCAAUGACCACCUGAGUCCCUAACGCAAAGCUCAAACUUGACAUCAAGAGGGUACAAAACGUCUCAAAUACUAGUCCACUUGUUCUCUCUCCACCCAAAUAGCAGCUUGAUGAAGAAGAGGGCAUUUCACUAGUAUUUGUAUGUCUUUGUAUACCAUUGCCAUUUUGCUGAUGGGGUUGAUGACUGAGACACUGGGUGGCUGAGCUAUGUUUGACUGUUGCUUGGUUACUUGAGGGGCUGAGUUAGGUGUUGAUGACUAGGAUGAGAAGCAAAUAUGACCCCUUUUUCUGUUCAUGUUAUAGAUUUGAUGAUUUGUUUUGUUUCCCAAUCGCAUACCAGAUAA